AUGGCAACCCACAACGGCGAGUUCGUUUUCGAUCGAGCACAAAACACGGAUGUGUUUGAGCAAGACUUCGACCGAGAGUUAUCCCUUAGGUGGCAGUUUGUACAAGCGCAAGCAGGCAAGCACCUCCCCAUGGUCCUGCUCCCGCAACGGGGCCGCCCGCCAAAGCAUCCGAAGCAAGCACAUGACGAUGAGCUGACUGAGACUAUCUAUAUGAUCAAAGAUGAGCUCAAGUACUUGAACGAGACUGAGAAGCUCGACUUGAGCUGCCGUGCCCCCUGUCAGCUGGGACUCGCUGAAAGGCUUGGGAAAAGAUGGGCGUUCUUGCACAUCGGUACCUUUGCCCCCUAUCCUCCCAACUUCAGCUUUCAUCAUCAAGUAGCACCUGGCGCCGUCCUCGGUCCUAAGGCCCAGCAGGAUCAUGUAUCAAUUGCAGCUAGUGAGCUUCAGGAGCUGACAAGGUUGAUUACUGAAGAUCGCUACAAGUGGUUCCUUGAGUGCGAAAAGAAGACUCGCGACGGGAUUAAGCUCGCCGAGACGCGCAUCAGGGAGCUUGAGGUGGGCAUGACCCGCCAGCACAACGCCGUUUCAAAGGAGUUUGAGCUCUGGGCUGAAAACAUUGGGGACAAUGUCUUUGUGAUCAAUGACCCCUUUCAGAAGAUCCCAGAUGUCAACACUGACUGCGGCUGGCAUGCCUGGUUCAGACUUGAGAAACAGCUGUUGGAGGCUGAGCGACUGCUAGAGAUUGAGCGACGCGCCCAGCACUGGGUAUUUUGUGACAUUCUAGCGGCCAUGACCAACGGGCUCGUUGAGAAGGGUGAGAUGCAUUAA